GUGUCCCAGGUGAACAAGUGAGAGGAGAGAGUAAAUAAUUUUGUCUGAGAAUCUGACAAUCACUUAAGUCCAAAACCCAGUGGCAAACAUGUAAUUUUACUCUAACGUUUCAACAAGAAAUCUCUUUUUUUCUUUCUCUCUCCUUUCUUCUUCAAGCUGCUUCAAAGCAUUGAUCAUCAUCAUCUUCACAAGUUUCAUUUAUACGAGGAUUCGUCAUCUGGGUCUCUACGAAUAUGGAAUCUGUACAGCCACAUCUUGAGACCCUUGUCGCUGUUAAAGUAAUCCAUGGCUCAAGUGGCUGUGGUGAUGGCUCUGAAGAUGAUGGGGAGCUUCGUCGGAGCUCCGGUGCGGUGGAGAAUGAGGAAGAGAUAGUGAAAGAUGAGGAGAGGAGAUCCAAUGCGUCGGUGUGUUCGGUGGAAGUAGAUCUGGAGCUUGGAUUGCCUGAGAAAGUUGUACAUUUGUCGCAAUCUGAGAGAGAUUGCAGGAUUUGUCACAUGAGCUUAGAUGCUGCGAAUCUUGAAUCUGGUGUUCCCAUUGAGCUUGGCUGUUCUUGUAAAGCUGAUCUUGCUGCUGCUCAUAAGCACUGUGCUGAGACUUGGUUCAAGAUCAAAGGAAACAAAAUCUGUGAAGUAUGUGGGUCGAUUGCGGGUAAUGUUGUUGGAAGUGUUGAGGUGGAGACUGAGGAAAGCCGGAAUGAAGCAAAUGGUGUAGAGAAUCUAACUCUGAGAACAUCUGGUCCGCGAUUGGCGGAAGCUAGAAGCUUCUGGCAAGGACACCGGUUCUUGAAUUUCCUUUUAGCUUGUAUGGUCUUUGCAUUUGUGAUCUCAUGGCUCUUCCACUUCAAUGUUCCCUCUACAUAACAAUACAAGUAAUGCCUCAACUCUCCAUAAGAGAGAAAUGAAAAGGGUCAAAGCCAUUAGAGAUCUCUCGGAAAGGUACUUCACUCUUGUACCAAUGCCUUUUUUCCACUAUUAAGUUUAAUGUAAGUUUAGAGAUGAAGACCAAGACCUAGAAGAGCGCAUAAUGCGAUUUGCGGGUUUUAAUUUCUGUCUAAAUGUAAAUGUGUUUCAUGGUUGCGGUCUUGCGGAUAAUGUAUAUAGCUCUAGUCACUCUAAAGCUUAAUGCAAAUGCAGUCUUGUGAAA